AUGUUUCAGUCAAUUGCACCAGGUUCAGAAAAAGAAGUCGGUGAUCUUUUAACAGAUGUGCUGAACACGGUUUCUGCAGGAGGCACUAGCUGCUGUGUUCAUGAUGAAGUGCCAUCAACGUCAGGCGGUUCAAGAUUAGAGCAGGGUGGUAACUCACGUGCACGUAAAAGAAGUUAUGAAGGACUUUACUCACAAGAAUUUCGUCCGCGGAAAAAGUUGAGGUCGGAAGACCCAACAGAUGAAAGUCGGACACGAGAAAGGUUGAUCUAG